AUGUAUAAAAUCAUUGACAAUGUCCUGCUUGCAGCGGAAAGCUACGAGAAGCAACGUCGAUGGAUGAGCGCAUUGUCCACUGCGUCUGGAGCUUACCAAGCUAUUCCCGGAAAUAUCAGCGUCCCAAAAGAUUCGCCAAAAAAAAACUUGAACACACGGCGAGACGUUCUCCCAGUCGCGAAGCGUUCAAUGUCAGUCGAGAAUAUUUCGCGCAAGAUGAAUGCGAUCAAUAUUGACGUGCUUCGAUCUUCAAGUACCUCUACGCCACCCGCAACAUGGCAUGACAUCAACAUUCUAAGCUUUUUCCUGUCAAAUCCCUUUAUUCACUUGAAGAAGAGCUCCCAAAACGCGACUUCGCACAACAUCACUCGCUAUCUCCGAGAAAACGGGGCUAUCAAUUCAGCGAGACGGCAAAUUUGUAAAAAAAAGACGUUCAUCUUCCGCGAGUUCCACACAUCCAGCUUCUACACCUUCACGGAUCAGUACUCUCAGCAAGCUCUCGAAGGCCAAAAACGCACUUUCCGGGAACGAAAGAACAUUGCUGCUUUCAUCAAAAAAGAAUUCGACAAGAAAUCAAGGAUCAAAUUGAACGAGUGCUGCCUGUAUCAAGAAGAAUAUGCGUUCAAACUCUGCCGGCUCUUACAAAGAACUUUCGAAAGAAAACUGAUCAGGAGAAAUGCACUAGAAAGAAAAAAUCAACGAAGAAAAUUCGAGAGCUCAACUACUCAAGAUGAUUUCCCAGAAACCAGCGAUCAAUAUGUGCCAAUGACAACAAUCCCUUAUUCCGCAAAGGCUGUUUCAAGCAAAGCAAUCGACUUUGGAAAGCUGAAAUUUUGGAACGAGCGAUCGCAGAAUACGGGAAAGACGCUGGCGCAGUUUCAGAUCAUCGAUUCGAAAGUGUUCUCGCCGGACAAGGACAUCUACGAAGCUUUUAAUUCAAACAUCGGCUUGUGGAUCGAUCCAAAUAAGGUAAUCUUACAGCCAGAUAGUGGAGAUGCCUCAAUUUAUACAAUAGGAUUCGAUCUCAACAUCAAUAAAGAAGUCGUCUCAAAGUUCAACUUCGGUGUGAAGCAAGGAGACAAGUUCGUGAAUCCCGUCGACGAUCUCAUUCUCAUCCUCAAGUUGAAAAACGGGCCUGAUCAUUACAUAACUCUUUCCGGAAACUGA